CGCGCCCAGGCGACUGCUCCCUUCUGACUGGGGUGUGGGCGGGGAGCGGCGGAGGGAGGAGACAGAGCUGGCCUCAGCAGUUUGCCGCCGCUGCUGGGCGCCUAGGCAGGGCUCCCCGGCGUUCGUCGGCCGCCAUGGACGAGCAGGCGGGUCCCGGCGUCUUCUUCAGCAACAACCAUCCGAGUGCUGGCAGUGCUAAGGGACUCGGGCCUCUCGCGGAGGCUGCAGCGGCCGGAGACGGGGCGGCUGCGGCGGGGGCGGCCCGAGCUCAGUACAGCCUCCCCGGGAUCUUGCACUUCCUGCAGCACGAAUGGGCCCGCUUCGAGGUGGAGAGAGCCCAGUGGGAAGUGGAGCGGGCGGAGCUGCAGGCCCAGAUUGCCUUCCUUCAAGGGGAGAGGAAAGGUCAAGAAAACUUGAAGAAAGAUCUUGUGAGGAGGAUCAAAAUGUUGGAAUAUGCUCUGAAGCAGGAAAGAGCCAAGUACCACAAGUUGAAAUAUGGAACAGAACUGAAUCAGGGAGACAUGAAGCCUCCAAGCUAUGAUUCUGAUGAAGGCAAUGAAGCAGAGGUGCAGCCACAGCAAAAUAGCCAGUUAAUGUGGAAGCAAGGCCGGCAGCUACUCAGACAGUAUCUCCAGGAGGUUGGCUACACAGAUACUAUUCUAGAUGUGAAAUCCAAAAGAGUGCGAGCAUUAUUGGGCUUUUCAAGUGAUGUCACUGACAGGGAAGAUGACAAAAACCAGGACUCGGUUAUAAAUGGCACAGAGGCUGAAGUUAAAGAGACAGCAAUGAUUGGAAAAUCUGAGUUAACGGAUUCUGCCUCUGUACUGGACAAUUUCAAGUUCCUUGAAAAUGCAGCUACAGAUUUCAGUGAUGAAGAUGAGGACGAGGACGUUGAUGGAAGAGAGAAAAGUGUCAUUGAUACUUCCACAAUUGUUCGGAAAAAAGCAUUACCUGAUAGCAGUGAAGAUCGAGACACAAAGGAAGCGCUGAAGGAGUUUGACUUUCUGGCCACAUCAGAGGAUGGAGACAGUGAAUCUAGAAGUGCAGGGGAUGGAACCGACUGGGAAAAGGAAGAUCAGUGUCUGGUGCCUGAAGCCUGGAAUGUGGACCAGGGAGUAAUUACCAAACUGAAGGAGCAAUACAAAAAGGAGAGAAAGGGGAAGAAAGGAGUGAAGAGAAAAACUACCGAAGAUCUGUUUCAGCCUCUAUCCUAUAUAAAACAGUCAAAACAGGGAUGUGGGAGAAUGAAGAGUCAAAGCCCAGGGCCCAAUAGGUCAAAACUACAAGACAUGCUUGCUAAUUUGAGAGAUGUUGAUGAACUUCCCUCAUUACAGCCAUCUGUUGGCUCUCCUUCCAGACCCAGCAGCUCCAGGCUCCCUGAACAGGAGAUCAGGAGAGCAGAUGAAGUGGAAGCCCUGACAUUUCCUCCUUCCUCUGGGAAGUCAUUUAUCAUGGCUGCAGAUGAAGCCCUUGAGAGCGAACUGGGGCUUGGAGAGUUAGCAGGCCUUACAGUGGCCAAUGAAGCAGACUCGCUGGCAUAUGAUAUAGCAAAUAAUAAAGAUGCCUUGAGGAAGACGUGGAACCCUAAGUUUACCUUAAGAAGUCACUUUGAUGGCAUUCGAGCCCUUGCUUUCCACCCCAUUGAGCCCGUUUUAAUAACAGCGUCAGAGGACCAUACACUGAAAAUGUGGAAUUUGCAAAAAACAGCCCCAGCCAAAAAGAGUACUUCUCUUGAUGUGGAGCCUAUCUAUACAUUCAGGGCUCAUAAAGGUCCAGUGCUGUGUGUAGUGAUGAGCAGCAAUGGUGAGCAGUGUUACAGUGGUGGUACAGAUGGACUGAUUCAGGGAUGGAACACCACCAAUCCCAACAUCGAUCCCUAUGAUUCUUAUGAUCCUUGUGUUCUGAGAGGCCCUCUUUUGGGCCACACAGAUGCAGUGUGGGGGCUAGCCUACAGUGCUGCACACCACCGCUUGUUGUCCUGCUCAGCAGAUGGUACUCUUCGUUUAUGGAAUACAGCUGAGGUUGCUCCAGCACUGAGUGUGUUUAAUGACAACCAAGAACUGGGAAUCCCCGCUUCUGUGGAUCUUGUGAGCAGUGACCCGAGCCAUAUGGUAGCAUCAUUCAGCAAAGGGUAUACAAGCAUCUUUAACAUGGAGACACAGCAGCGAAUCCUCACUUUAGAAUCCAAGCUAGACUCGACAGCCAAUUCUUCAUGCCAAAUAAACAGAGUCAUCAGCCAUCCCACUCUUCCAAUCAGCAUCACUGCUCACGAAGACAGGCACAUCAAAUUCUAUGACAACAAUACAGGCAAACUGAUCCACUCGAUGGUAGCCCACCUAGAAGCUGUUACAAGUUUAGCAGUUGAUCCAAAUGGCCUGUACUUGAUGUCUGGCAGUCAUGACUGUUCAAUACGCUUAUGGAAUUUAGAAAGUAAGACAUGUAUCCAAGAGUUCACAGCUCAUCGGAAAAAAUUUGAAGAAUCGAUCCAUGAUGUAGCAUUCCACCCUUCCAAAUGCUAUAUAGCCAGUGCUGGAGCUGAUGCGCUGGCUAAGGUCUUUGUAUGAUGAGACUCAUCAACUUCACCUUCUAGUUCUUUAUAAAAAGUCAACUGCACAACAGAGAUGCAGAAGACCAGGGCAAGCAUCAACUCACUCUGCCCUUUUGUUCUGCUGAAGGAGCACAGAGAACAUUUGUUAAAGUGUAGUUUUGCAAUUCGUGUACUGUUUUCUAAAGAGAAGGUUUGUUCAGGUUGCUGCAAGCUCAGCUGACUCUGUGAGCCUGAAAACUUUUAAAUUUCCCCCCAUAGAGGCACUUUUAUUUCUGAAGUUGUUCUCAUUCGCUAGGCAGGCCUGAGCGAAACAAGUUUGGCAUCUCCCUUCUGAGUAAACAGGGCUGUCUGUGAUGAAUAAUUAAAAGUUGAGUGGCUGGGAAUGAGUAAAGUGGGAAAUUGGAUAUACUCUACCCUGAGACAUCUGCUGAACAUAUUUAGGUAGUCAGAUUGUAUUGUAUCUGCUCUACUAACCCCAUUGUGCACAAUGACCAGACAGUGUUCAAAUGAGUUUCUAACAUAGCUCUCCGCUCAGCUGUUCCAUAAAGCUGUUUCACCUAUUAGGAGGGAAGAUGUGAUAAUAUGUUAAGUAUAUUAUUCAGAAAUGCUAACAAAUAUUUAGUUUGCAAGCAGAUUUCUAUGUUGUAUUACAAUUUUGAAAGUAAACAUACCACUCUGAAGGUUAGCUGUCCAGCACCCAUUAUGAAGAAUAGUUAAUGGCGCCUGCUCUACUAAAGAUUUUUAACUUACCCAGGUUUGAGAUUGUUUAUUUUUAAGGGCAGACAGGGACUAUCUCUAUAAUAAUUUGUUUAAAAAUUCACCUCAUUUGUACUAGAGUUGAUGUUGUACUAGAGUUCAUGUUGAUAAAAUUUACUUCCUAGUGACUGAAAAGGGAGAAAGCUCUUUGUCAGCACCUAUGUAAUUGGUUCAGAUAAUCUUUGCUGUUCCUUCCCCACUUUUCAUGUUCAUGUUGUCUGACACAUACCAGAAACAGUUUAUAAUUAUUAUGUUGUCAACUCCAAAACAUGUGGUCACCUCAGGCAGCUGCUUUUGCAGCAGCUGGCUUCGUGAAACAGUGAGCCUUGGAAGUGUGCUACUAGUGUGUCUAAGAAGAGCUUCACAAGAGAUCUAGAUGGAAGACAUUAGUGCCUGUGAUGUCUUCGAGGUUCUUUCUCCUCCCCUACCCUGUUAUUUAAUUGGAACACACACAUUUAAUGAACAGUGAACCAGUACUGUACUUAGAGAAAACCGUGUCUGUGACCCAUAUGGAUCAGCUUUUGGGAGUCUCAGAAUCCGUGCAGACCUCUCACUUCUAACUGGCAGCACUUCUUCAUGCCCCUCACACUCCUCUGCCAAAUGACAGAGACUCCCAAAUGACAGACCAGCCUAAAUAUUAAACAUCAAUUAGUGUACACCACAGGCUCUAGGUCUUACAAAUAUUAUACCUAUAAAUAUUAUAACCCAUUAUAAUGAUUCUAUUGCUGUAGCCAUGGCAUUUCUGGUGAUCUGUUCUUUGAAGUAGCAUUCUCAUGGUGAUAUGGGUAAUGUUGACCUUUUAGAAUUCUCCAGUGUGCAGGCAAAUUUUCAUUAACAUUAUAAGACCCAUACUAAAUUUUCCUGGUUGAUCUAUAGACAUGCUGUAGUAUUUUAAAAUCUACAUUUUAUCUUUAUGCUUUGGUUAACAAACAGACUUAAGAGAUUGGUUGGUAUACACAAAUGAAGUAAGUGCUUGUUUUCAUGCAGAUACAAAAUUUUACACUGUGAUGGGUAAAAUUCUUCCAUCCUUUGUAAAAUGAGCAAAAGGGUUUUCUAGCUCAACAUUUGCAGAAUAUUAGAAGUUUUCAAGAAGAAGUAGUGUAUUUAUGACCACAAUUACUGCUUUAAUUACUUUCCAAAGCCUUCAGUAUAUAUCUUACUCUUGUCACCAACAUUCUGGAAACCCAGGAGUGGCUGCCCUGUUUGUUCUCUGUCUCUUGAUUGGGUGGAAAAUAAUCCCAAGAUAGGCAAAGUGUAAUACAAAUGAUAGAACUGUUGGAAGUUUUUUUAGGAGUGUGUGUUUUGCCAUUGAAAACUGAACAUAGAAAGAUUAAUCUAAAGUAUCCCUGUUUGCUCUCAGCCUGGACAUGAGCCAAAGCUAUCUUCCAACCAGAUGGUAGAAGCAUGGACAUUUAUUUAUUUGUCUGACUUUCCCCAUCCUAAUGAAAAUUCACAAAAUGAACAAUUUCAAGAUUCAGAAUCAUUGAAAUGCUUUCAUAAAUAUUUACCAGAUUGUACAUAUUCUGGGUGAACUGUUUUGGAAUAGUAUGAAAAUCAGCAGGUGGGUUAGGUCCCUGCCUUAUUUUCAUGUGCUAUGGAUACGUCUCUGGGAGCUUUACAGUAUCCGUCUCAAAAUGCAGCUGUCACAUGGAGCUCAUUUGCUACUCAACCAUAGACAAAUAAGUGAUAUAAUGACCUUCAGUAUUUUUAUAUUGAACAAAUUUAUCAAUUUUUGCCAUUAAACAGAUGAUUAGUAUGCAAAGUAUUUAGCUUUUGUAAUCAUUUAGUUGUAACUUAAAGGAGAAAAUUGAACCGUAUCACUGAUAAUGAAGUUUGUGAGAAAUUAUUUGUUUAUCUGACUUCCAUUCCUUCAGUAUUCUUGCUAUAAAUUUCUUUUGGAGAUAAUGAUUCUUUAUUUGAAAGAUGUCUAAAAAUGUAUGUAUAUUUUAUAAAUAUAUAUUAUAUAUAUUAUAGGGAUAUAUAUAAUAUAUAGACAGACAGAUAUAUAUAUAUACACACACACAUAUGUAUAUAUAUAUAAACCAUGAGUGCAUUUUACUGUUUGUGUUCUCAUUUUUGGAGGUAUUAUACUCAGUAGUUGAUGAGUAUGCUGAGUGUUGUGAUGUUUGCUUUUACAGUAUAAUAUAUAGUUCUAAGUGUUUAAAUUACUGUAUAUAUUAUAUUCAUUAUAGGCUAGCAUGCUUGUUUUAAAGACUGUCAUUCUAGUUUAUUAAAAUCUGAAUGUAAGAAAA